GGCCUGGUGGGCAACAUCUCACUGGGCACAACUGACCUACGUGACUGGCGCAUCUUCCCGCUGGCCAUUGACCGCCUCGUUGCCAGCGGUUGGCCGCACUCGGUGUGCGGAGAGCCGGCUCCCGGCCCCUCCCCCGAGCCCCAAACCCCACCCCCGGGGCCAACCUUCUAUUCCGGAACCUUCUCCUCGCCAGAGCCCCUGGACACCUUCAUCUGGCUGCAGGGGUGGAUCAAGGGCCAGGUGUGGAUGAACGGCUUUAACCUGGGUCGCUACUGGCCGGCGCGAGGUCCACAACAGACGCUGUACGUGCCGCGGAGCGUGCUGACCGCUGACCGGCCCAACGUGGUGACGGUGUUGGAGCUGGAGCAGGCACCGGCCGUGCCCACUGCCCAGCUGGUCGACCACGUCAUCAUAACCGCACAGAUAUAGACCCCGACAGGCUGCCUG